AAAAUAAAAAAGAAAGGGUUUCGGUUUUCUCCAUCCGUUUCAGAAACGUUCCUCAGCAGCCGUUUCCCUCGGGUUCGUGCUGACUCCCUGUGGUGGUUCUCGUGAUGCGAACGCAGUUGGUGAAGCCGACCCGGAACGAGGAGCGGGAGGCGCAGCGCCCUCCCUGCCGGCCCUCAGGGCGGCGGCGGCGGGCGCGGCCUGCGCGCUGACACCGCGGGCGCUCCGCGUCGCAGCGGGCCCAUCACACCGCGGAAUACCGCUGGAAUACCGCUGGAAUACCGGGGCGAGGACACCCCGCCGCCACCGAUCCAUGCCCAGCGGGUCCCGCCCCGCUCCUCCCCUGGCCCCUCCCCUUCCCCCGGAUGCGGGCCGGGAUGGCGCUGCCCACGCCGCGCUACGAGCACCUGGGCCCGCGGGGCCGCUUUGGGGACGUGUACGAGCCGGCCGAGGACACCUUCCUGCUGCUCGAUGCGCUGGAGCGGGACGCGGGCAGGCUGCGGGAGGCUCGAAUCGAGAUCUGCCUUGAAAUAGGAUCUGGAUCUGGUGUGGUUUCAACAUUUCUGGCUUCUUCCAUCCUUGGACCCAGUGCACUGUACAUAUGCACAGAUAUCAACCCCAUGGCAGCUUACUGUACCCAGGAGACAGCUCUGCUUAACAAUGUUCACCUGCAGCCUGUCAUUACUGACUUGGUCAAAGGAUUGUCCCCAAGAUUAAAUGGGAAGGUUGAUCUGCUGCUGUUUAACCCACCAUAUGUGGUAACACCUUCUGAAGAGGUGAAAAGCCACGGAAUAGAGGCAUCCUGGGCUGGGGGCAAACAGGGCAGAGAAGUAAUGGAUAGAGUUUUCCCAUCAGUACCAGACCUGCUUUCACCAGGAGGAUUAUUCUACUUGGUCACAAUUAAAGAAAAUAAUCCAGAUGAAAUUGUGGAAACAAUGAAGAGAAGUGGCUUGAAAGGCACACAAGUACUUUCCAGGCAAGCAGGACAAGAGAUGCUGACAAUCCUCAGAUUUAGGAAGUCUUGAUAACUUCUCUUCACCCACCAGGUAGUAGGAUGAAGAAAAUUGAACACAGAGUUGUCAGUUGGUAAACAUUGAAGUGAAUGCAAUCUGCCCUCUGUUAAUGGCAGGAACUUACUUACACAAGCAAAACAUGAAGAAAGAAAAGAGCCCAAAAACUGAACUAAUGAACAAAAUAUCAAUGGGUUCAUAAUAUCCUCUGGCAUUACAGUGCCACACACCAGAGGGUCUCACUUCUACAAGCCAUACACAUGCAUCACUUUCCAUUUGUAGUCUUCAGUUGUCAUUGGUCAGCAGCAGGAUCAUUUUACACCAUCAGCAUUCACAACAAACUGCAAGUUUACAAGCAGCAGUAUUAAGAUAUCCUUCUGUUUGCUUAAAAAGUUCUUUCCCAGGAUUAAGGACCUGAGUCUUCCCAUGUCUCUUGACCUUCAGAGAAGAAGAAAGAGCCUGGUUGAAAUUCACAUGCUCAGAGUUCACCACAAAAGCAUUUGGAGGAAGUUUGGAUGAGUGCACAAGUGGAAAUACAGUGGCACUUUAUACAACGCAAAAUGUGAAGGCAGAGUUAGGAGUUGUUUCACUUGUUCUCACACACCUGGUAAAUGUUUUGCUGCUCUACUGCUCAGGGUACUGAGCUUCUCAUCUCUUCCAGCAUGUGAAGAUGUUCCAGCAAAGAUAAGGAGGAUUCUCCAAUUCUUCAAUCCCUUGUAAAGAGCAGAACAGUUCUGCACCUCAUCAAACACCUUCCCCAAGCUUCAGAGAAGGCUUCUCAGGGAAUGAUGGAAGAUUUUAUUUUAGUAAUUGUACGUAUUUAUAUUGCCAUUGGGAUUUUUUUUUGAGGAAUGCAAUUUUAAAAAUACAAAUUGAAUUUUAGUCCUUCUCACUUUUUCCCCCCCCCCAUUUUAAAGGAACACUAAUGAGGUUUUUCUGGUGUACACUGGAGGGUUUGCUGGGGUUCUCAUUGUUUUGUCUGUGGAUAGUUUUGCAGCAUACAACGCUUAAAUAACUUGGCUUCGACUCCCAGCUUACUUUUGGUCAAAAUAAAAACCAAGCAAGUUUAGAAGGGGUAAGAUGGAAGUGCAUUAAAAAAAUAUUUCCAUCAUGGUUCUAUAGAGACUGACUUGCAAGACUUUUGUUUGUGUAAUGCUCCAAAAGCAUUAUUUUGAUACUUGUAGUAAUUAGUGUCAUUUUAGCUGUGCUUUAUCACAGGAGGACACUGAGCACAGUGUAGUUCUCACAUCAGUCCAAGUUAGCAGAGCCUGUUACUAAAAGCUGUGGCCAUUCAAAGUGGGAUGAUAAUUAAAUGUGGUUACGUUAAAUAAUUACAGAUAACACUGUCAAAUUAAGGAUAAUUCGACUGCAGACUGGACCUAGAGGAUUUCCAGAUUUUAAGCUCAGGGUUGAAUGCUACCGAAACCUUUGGCUGUGGUUCAAAAGUGCUUUGUCCUCAGGUGCUGGAGUUCUUACCUAGCCAGUUACUGAAUAUUUCUCAGUUAUUAUCAUUAUCAUCCUUUUCAAUUAACUUAGGAGGCUCUGCUGUGGUAGUAAAAUAAGACUCAUUAUCUCCAGGGUGCACUGAGCACUGCUUUGGUUUCUGUUCUCCACCUGUAAAGUUUAACAGCUACAGACAGGUUUAAUUAUGAGGCCACAUCUUAUAGUAAACUUGAUAAAUGCUCUGAGCCAGCAUUACCUGAAGAAUGCACAGGAAUAUCCUUUUAUCACCAUGACUGGAGGAACCUUUAUUGUCUGGGCAUUGGAAAGAGAAGGUGAUCCUGAGGGUCUAGAAACAUGUCUCCUUCUCUGGCUCCUGGCUCCCCUCACAGACCAAUGAACAAAGCUGCAGGUUUUUGGUUUUUUGAAAGAUACUCCUGCAAGUGAGGCUUUGAUUUUACAAGAAGUGAUAUGGCAGAGAGGAGGGAUGCAAAGCAGGAUUUUGGACUUGUUCAGUGCUUCUGCAUGACUCUAAUUCAACAUCAGCCAAGAAGUUGACAAAUUCACUAUUCACACAACCAUCUGCACUGUAAGGGAUGAUUGUUUCUUCUGCUUGUUCUCAGCAUCUUCAUAAGGACAAGUAGUUGGGAUUUUGUGUGUUCCUUUCUCAGCAUGUCUUUAAGAUAUUUUUCCCCCUAAGUGUCUUUAGGACAUUGAAGCACUUAGCUGAACCUUCCCAGAAACUUCUGCCCAUGCAAAGUUUCUUCAUUAAGUUAGAACCAAAUUGAAGGUAAACAGGAAUUUUGUAUAUGGCAAUUGUUACCUCUGCUUAUGAUGGAAAUGCAUACCAAAGUCUAAAUUACCAGGAUUUUCUUCCCAGAGUAAUAUUUUGGAGAAAAUAAUGGAACAACUUUGUGAACAAUUAUGUUUGGAUUUUGUGUUUGGAUGGAGUGUGUGAUGAUUAGGAGAAUCCUGCUGAUAAGUUUGUGAGGAACUGAAAAAGCCUGACAAAAACUCCAAUCCAGCCUAAAUGGAAAGUAUUUAUGGAAGAAAACUCCUUGAGUGUAAGUGCACACACAGCAGGGCUUCACUUGAGCCAAAACACUCCUACCACAAAUUGUGUUUUUGUGCACUGAAGACACCUUGUGGUUCUGCAGUGGCUGCAUCCAUAGCCAGCUCUGAGAGAAAAAUUGGUUAUUCAGGGAAGUUUUUUUCUUGUUGAGACUUAAUUGCCAUCUUGAGCCAUUCUAUUUUUAUGAUAUCAUUAAGAUAUAAAUGAGAUCUUUUCGAUCUCUAAAUGGUAAUUUAAUUUUUUUAAUUCCCUCCAUGGAUUUGAGACACUGCAAGAGUCCCGUUGUUCUUUAAAAGCAUGUUUCAAGGGAUAGUAAAUGCUAAACAAAUAUAAAGUAAGUAUUUGUUAAAGUAAGGAAUAAGAGUCCUAAUCCUAAACUGUAUAAUUAGGAAAGGGAGAUGGCAAAAAAAGAUGUCACCAGCAGUGUCUGUAUUAACUUCUUUGCUGAAUCAUAGCAGACGUCAGGUAUUUAAAGACCUUCAUUCAGUGCAAUUGAAUUCAAAGAACUAAUUCAAUUUAAACACAGCUAGCACAGUUCUCUGUGCUGGAUACGAUUAUUUUGGGGGAAGAGGCUCCAAAAAUGUGGGGUGAAAUUCAGACCUGAGGAUUGCUGUAAAUAGAAACUUUACCUUAGUCAGGGCUGUAGCUGCUUUACUGAAUGCAAGUGAAAAGAAAAACCCAGCCAUAAUCUAUGCAAUGUUCUUUCUGUCCCACCUCAGUUUUAGUUCUGACAAGACCAACGUUCUAUUUUGGGGCUGCAUUUUUCCUGUUUGCAGGAAACCACAGAGUGGGACACAGCACUCUGAGAGUGGGCUCCAGGAAGUCUGCUGAAAAUUACCUUUUACCAUUGCCUGAAGGAGGUUUCAGUGCCUUAAAGGAACAGCAAUGUUCCAUUGUCCCAUCAGCUCCUAGCCUGGCACUGGUGAUCACAGAGCUCAGGGUUUGCUGCUGCCCCAGCCAGGGUGGGCCCUGCAGCUUCACUCCUGUGAUUCCCUGUUAAAGGAGGGAUCAGCUCCUUCAUUUUGAUGGAAGUCCUUCACAACAUGAGACUCCUUGCAUCUCUCCACUUUUCCCUGAGGAAUUUCAGUUUCAGGAGAUGAGGUGAGCCUUGUUAAACCAAACCACACAUCUUGAGCCAGGUUCUCAAUUGUAGGCUGAGCUUGGGUGCUCUAACAAGGGGCCUCAGUUCAUUCAGUCCAGAGCUGGUUCAAGCUCCACUCGGGGGUUUGCUGUCUGUAAAACAUUUCCCUAAGUGCAGCCGUGGGUAUUGUAGCUGUUGGAUUUGUCUUGAGGUAAUGACAGGCUUCAGAAAUAAGGGAAGGCAGGAAGCAAUUUAAAGCUAAUUAUAGAAGAAUUAAGGUGAGAAGGUGUCAAUUACUGCAGCGAAAUCCAAUGCUGAAUUUGAGCUAUUUUGUACACUGGAGGAUUAAAAAAACCACUUGAGGCAAACCAAUAUACAAACCCCUCCUGAGAACCUCUAAGGUCCCUAAAUACUUUUCUUCCAGCUCUGAACACAACUACGGAACAAUCUCUUCAACUGAGCUGCAGUAGCUCUCUGUAUCCCAACUCUCAUCCUGCACUUUCUGCUUCUGCCUGAGAUGUGCUUUUGGAUAUGAAAGAGGUGGCUUCUACCACCACAUGAGCCACAAAUUCCAAACCCCUUGUAAAAAAAGUUGUGGGAUGGGAAAGAAAAAAAAAAAAAGGCAGAACUGCCACUGAUUGUCUCUCCUCCAGCCUAUGCAAGUAACAAAUGUCAAACCUAAUUAUCACUAUCACUGUGGCCUGAAAGUUGUGUGUACUUGAUCCUGCUGCAUCCUGAAUAUGGAUUGAACUGCCUCGAUUCAGUUCAAAAGGUAAAAUGUCACCCACCAUCAGAAUUCUGCAUGGCCUAAUUACUAAACUUUAAAUAUUUGCUUCACCUGGUUCUGCAUCAGCUUCCACACAAAUCCUGGCUGAUACAUUGAUUUUGGAAGUGUGCAGGUGCUGUUUCACACACUAAUUGUCCACACAAGAAAAUUUUACAAAGAGUAUGUUUAUUUCUGUUUCUGCUUUUCCAUUUCACAACAAAAAGCACUUGAUCUUAAUGUGCUGUGACCUGGAAAUGACUGAAAAUGAGAAAACAAUGGUUCAUAAAUUCAUCAGUCAAGAGAUUGCCUGAAUUUAUCAUUGAUCCAUCCUGAGAUGUCAAGACAGGUCAGAAUUCAGGAAAAGAAAUGUGUAAACAAUCAAACCCACAGUUGAUAGUUUUUGAUAGGUUGAUGUUAUUUGCUCAAUUGUCAUUAAGUCCCCAAGGGAGGGGGGUCAAACUGUGACCUUUUUGGAUUCUUCCACAUUGCAGAAGCCCUUCCUGAAAAGAUCUGAGGCCUUGGACAGCUGCAAGAUGCUGUAACUACAAAUCAUUUACUGCAGUGUCAAAAUGCACAACCAUCAUUCCACCCCGUAUUCACUUGGAGCAGAAGGCAUCAUGAGGGAAUUUCUGUCACCAUGAAGAAAAUCAGGAACUGACAGGAAGCAGAGGGUUUGUAUAACCACUCCUGAGACAGACUUCAGUGUCACUGCACAGAUAAAUCAACCAACUGCUUCCAUAUCUGAUGUUACCUUAAGCUACAGCAGCAGCUCCUUAAUUUUUCCUGGCCCCAUCCAUUUCUUCUGUCUUACAUUACACCACCCUAUGAGAACUACCACGUGUUCUUAAUCCACUCCAUUGGUAAAAUAAGAGAUCAUGCAUAAGUUCUAUAAAAAAGGAAUACCUUUAUUUUUCUUUUUAAAGAGACCGUUUUUUCAUUACCAAGUGAAAACUUUACAAUGUAAAGUAUUUCUCUUCAGUAUUGUUUUAAUAUAAAAACUUAAAUCACUUACUCUGGUCUUACUGUUCCUACAGGAAGUCUUGUGGCACUGCAGGACCCAGGUAUCUUCAGCCUCACUCUAGUAUUUCAUCAUAAGUUUAUGACUUUUUUUUUUUAAAUAAAACCAUUUCUGUGGCCA